AUGAACGAGAGUGCGGAUCUGGGAUUUGUCACCCAAGACAGCCCCAACGCGAUGCGAAGCCACGUCAUGGAGAUUGCCAGCGGCGCCGACAUCACCGACUAUGUGGUCCAAUUCGCGCGGAGGCGUUUGCGCGGUGUGUCCAUUCUCAGCGGCAGCGGGGCCGUCGUGAACGUUACUCUUCGCCAGCUCAUGGCUCUUGGCGCCGUCCUCUCCCUCACCGGCUCGUUUCUCCCCGGAACAUCCCCUCUUGGUGCCAUCGGUCUCACCAUCUAUCUCGCGGGAGGCCAGGGACAGAUCAUUGGCGGCAGGGUGGUGGGCUCACUGGUGGCGGCUGGUCCAGUUUUGAUAAUGGCGGGCACGUUUUCCAAUGCAACUUACGAGAGAUUGCCUUUGGAGGAGGAUGAUCAGAAGCAGGGUGGUGGCGGCGGGUCUCUACCGGGGAUGGGAGGCGGUCCUGGCAAAGCUUGUUCUUCUCCUUGGGGUCAUGCUCCUCAUGCCAGACCUCCUUUCCAAAGAUGA